AGCUGCUGGUUGAACUUUGACUGAUGAAGAUGAGCUGUUCAGAGGAAGAAGACGACAUAGAAAAGUCUUCUGCGUUCAGCGACGGGUCUUUGAAGAGGACCGAAUCCAAAGAGGAUAUUUCAACGUUCAGAACUGAACCUGGACCUUCAGAUUUACUAGAUCAACACCUCACUGAGAAAGUCCAGUCUUCAGUCUCCAGCUGUGUAUCUGUGAAGAGUGACCGGUCCAAAGGAUGGACUUCGAACUUUAAAACUGAACCUGGACCUUCAGAGUCAAAAAAGAGGAAGACAACUGUUUUUGAGGAGGAAAAACUGCCGUACUGUUCUUGGUGUGAGGACGUCCUGAAGGAUCCAGUCUCCACCAGCUGUGGACAAUGGUUCUGCAGGCAGUGCAUCAUCUCAUCCUGGAACAUAAAGGAGCUUUUAGAUCAACACCAAACCAGUGAGAGAAGGAGAUGUGAAAAUGUGACUGAAAGAAGUGAUGAAACACAGAGAGGGCCUCCCCUCAAAAAGAUCUACACUGAGCUCUACAUCACAGAGGGACUGAGAGAAGAGGUUCAAACCCAACAUGAGAUCUGGCAGUUGGAGACGAUCUCCAAGAUCAAUUAUCUCCAGAACAUUCCAAUUAAAUGCCAAGAGAUCUUCAAGGUCCUAAAUGACCUCCAUGGAUCCAUCAGAGUGGUUCUGACCAUUGGUGUCGCUGGAGUUGGAAAGACCUUCUUGGUGCAGAAGUUCACUCUGGACUGGGCCGAGGGCUUGGAGAACCAAGACAUCAGUGCAGUGAUUCCUCUUUCAUUCAGGGAGAUGAACUUGAUCAGAGAUGAGCAGCACAGUCUUCUCACUCUCAUCCAAGUUUUCUAUCCAACCUUCCAGAAGAUCACAGCAGAGCAGCUGUCUGUCUGUAAACUUCUCUUCAUCUUUGAUGGUCUGGAUGAAAGCAGACUUUCUCUGGACUUCAACAACAGUCAGGUGGUGUCUGAUGUCACUCAGAAGUCAUCAAUCAAUGUUCUUCUGACAAACCUCAUCCAGGGACAUCUGCUUCCCUCAGCUCUGGUCUGGAUCACUUCCAGACCUGCAGCCGCCAAUCAGAUCCCUCCUUCAUUUGUCUCCAGGGUAACAGAAGUACGAGGCUUCACUGACUCCCAGAAGGAGGAGUGCUUCAGGAGGAGAUUCAAUGAUGAAGAUGUGUCCAGCAGAGUCAUAUCCCACAUCAAGGCCUCCAAAAGUCUCUUUAUCAUGUGUGAAGUUCCAAUAUUUUGUUGGAUCACUGCUGUGGUUCUAGAGCACAUGCUGACCACAGAGCAGAGAGGAGACCUUCCCACCACCAUGACUGACAUGUACUCACACUUCCUGAUAGUCCAGACAAAGAGGAAGAAGAACAAAUACCAACAGGAACAUGAAGAGAAUCCACAGGAGCUGACAGAGGCUGACAUGAAAGUUCUCCUGAAGCUGGGGAGGCUGGCCUUUGAACAUCUGGAGAAAGGAAACAUCAUGUUCUACCAAGAAGACCUGGAGCAGUGUGGUCUGGAUGUCAAAGAAGUCUCAGUGUAUUCUGGAGUUUGUACUGACAUCUUCAGAAGAGAGUGUGGGAUCUUCCAGAAACCAGUUUACUGCUUUGUUCAUCUUAGUGUUCAGGAGUUUCUGGCUGCAGUUUACGUCAUCCAUUGUCACAACAACAAUAAGAUAGAGAUAAUGGAGAACAUUUUGAAGAAUCAAACAAAUAUUUCAUCUCUGGUUGAGUUGUUGAGUAAAAUAAUGAAGAAAUCUCUACAGAGCAAAACUGGUCAUAUGGAUCUGUUAAUUCGUUUUCUUCAUGGUCUCUCUGUGGAGUCCAACCAGAGAAUAUUGAAAAGUCUGCUGGGUCAGACAGAGAACAGUCAAGAAACCAUCCAGAGAAUCAUCAACAACCUGAAGGAAAUGAAGACCAAUGACAUGUCUCCUGACAGAAGCAUCAACAUCUUCCACUGUCUGGUGGAGAUGAAGGACCUCUCAGUUCAUCAGGAGAUCCAAGAAUUCCUGAAGUCAGAGGACAGAUCAGAGAAGGAACUUUCAGAGAUCCACUGCUCAGCUCUGGCCUACAUGCUGCAGAUGUCAGAGGAGGUUCUGGAUGAGUUGUACCUAGAUCAGUACAAAACAUCCAGAGAAGGUCGAUGGAGACUGAUCCCAGCUGUGAGGAACUGCAGAAGGUUCAGGAUGGGGCUUGUGUCAAAACCUUCUGAAGAUGAGUCCAACACUGAGUAUAACUGCUAUGAACUCUCAGAGAUUGACUGUGAAGCUGUGGCCUUUGCCUUGAGAUCAAACCCAUCCCAUCUGACAGAACUGGACCUGAGUGGAACCAUCUUGCAGGAUUCAGCAGUUAAGACUCUCUGUGCUGGUCUGGAGGGUCAACACUGCAAACUAGAGACUCUGAGGUUGAGGAGCUGCAGUUUGUCAGAAAAGAGCUGCACAGAUCUGGUCACAGCUCUAAAGUCCAACCCGUCUCAUCUGACAGAACUGGUUCUGGAUGGAAACAAUCUCCAAGAUUCAGGAGUUCUCCAUCUGUGUGGUUUUAUGGAGAGUCCAGACUGCAGACUGCAGACUCUGAGGUUGAGGUACUGCAGAAUGUCAGAAGUCAGUGGUGGCCAUCUUGGCUCAACGUUUGAGUCCAACCCAUCCCAUGUGACAGAACUGGACCUGGGCGCAAACAACUUAGAGGAUUCAGGACUGACACAGCUGUGUGGUUUUCUGAAGAAUCCAGGGUGCAGACUGAAGACUCUGAGGUUGGGGAAAUGCUGUCUGUCAAGGAUAAGCUGUGAGGUUCUGGCCUCAGCUCUGAAGUCCAACCCAUCCCAUCUGACAGAACUGGACCUGAGUGAAAACAAGCUGCAGGAUUCAGGAGUGGAGCAUCUGUGUGGUUUUCUGGGGAGACCAGACUGCAAAGUGCAGACUCUGAGGCUGAAGAAAUGCAGUUUGACAAAGGCCAGCUGUGGUGCUCUGGUCUCAGCUCUGAAGUCCAACCCGUCCCACCUGACAGAACUGGACCUGAGUGGAAAUGACCCGAAUGGUUUGGAUGUUCAACAGCUUCAAGAUCUUGCGGCCAGUCCAGACUACAAACUAAGUACUGUGAGGCCAGCAGUGAUGGGCAGUCAGGGGAGAAAGGUGAUGCUCCCCUGGGUCUAAUGACUGCACAUCACUGGAGGUCAGUAGAUAUUUGAGUCCAAAAGUUUCUGCUGUUCUUCUGUGAUGCUUCACUGUUACUAAGGAUGAAGAAUAAUUAUUUGCUGUCUCUUUCCAUCUCUGUAGGCCAGGGGUGUCAAACAUUUGACCCAGUUGGUUUAAUCUGGUUCGGUCAUGAAAAGAAAAAAAAUAUAAGGACGAUUUCUGUGACGAGUUUUGGCUCUUUGAAUAAAUUACAGAGUUUUAUUUAUUCUCGGAGCUGAAUGCAAAACCUGCGUGCUUGGUAUGUAACCAACAGGUCACAAUGCUCAAAGAAUAGAACUUUCGGGGCCACUAUGAAACUCACCAUAAAGAGGAGUGUCACCAUUUGAAGGGGUAGUUACUGAAAGAAGAAAGCCGUGAUGUAGCAGUGAAAUCUAGUUACUUUAUUGCAAACAAGUUGGUUCAAACAUCCAAACCAUUUUUGGAUGUUGAACUUGUGAAAAAAUGCCCGCUGAAGACUGCAGAAGUCGUGUGUCCCUGAAAGCUGUCAACCUAUGCAAACAUAAGUCUGUCAAGGAUUAUGAUGGCAGAUACAAGAUCUCUCGGGUGACUUGGGCAGUCAAAUGAAGGACAGAAUGCCGUCAUUUAUUGCAUUUUCGGUCACUAUUGAUAAAAGCACUGACAUCACAGAUAUUAUACGACUGUGUGUUUUUAUUACCUGAUGAGACUGUCACAGCUGAGUUUUAGUCAGGUUGGUUCAUACAAUGGACACAACCACAGCUGAUGAUACAGUCAGCUCUCUAGUUACUGCAAUGUGGAGUGAACUGGUCAUGUGAUGUCAGUCUGGCCACUGAUGGUGCCUCAAUGGUCAGGAAUAAAACAAAAAUUUGGGCAGCCAAGAUUAUUGAACAUUUGAAUGUAUUUUGACGCUCAAAUUUUUCCAACUGAGAAAAAAAAAGCUACAGAUGACAACUUGUCCAUGGGCUAUUUUACUAUUAUGUUACUAGUCCGGCCCACUUGAGAUCAGGCGGACUGAAUACGGCCCUUGAACCAAAAUUAGUUUGAUACCCCUGAUGUAGGGAGAAUUCCAAGUCUUAAAUCAGAACACCACCUGCUAAAGCCUGCCUUGAUUAUUUCACAGGAAGAAGAUUGAAUCAGCUGCUCUGUCAACUGUAUAUCAGGCUUAAUCUAAUUCAUUUACAGCGACUCGU